AUGAGCGGGAAAAAGAACGUCUCAGUGGGGAGGACAUGGGCCUGUGAUCAAGUCAAUAGCGUACGACACUUUCAGCAGCACUCGCGGCUGCACUUCAUUGGGCAGUGGAAAACAAAGGCUCAUGACCUAUUCAAGGAUUGGUUUGCUGUGCACCCCACAUGGAACCAUGGCGUCCUUUCCCACCAGGCCCUAUUUGUUCAUCUCGACAUGGACGCCUUCUUUUGUAGUGUUGUUUUAGCGAAGGAAGAAAAUGCUCAUAUGCGGGAAAAACCGGUUUGUAUAGCCGCGGGAAAAGGCAACAGUGAUAUCUCAUCAAGCAAUUAUAUUGCCAGGUCAUUUGGUGUGCGUGCUGGUAUGUAUGUGAAUGCCGCAAAAGAACUGUGCCCCAACUUGCAGGUUUUAAGUUACGACUUGCCACGAUGCGAAGAGGUAAUCAAAUGUCUUUACCGUUUGUUGUUUGAGCUUUGUCCAGAUAAAGUGUGUAUCGCUGUUGAAGUGUACAGUAUUGAUGAGGUUAUGAUUGCUUUUGAUACGGAAAACCACGAUGUCGUGAAGAGUUACUGCGCCAACGUACUCCGUCAGUUGGAGCUUACCACAAACUGUACCGCCUCAUGUGGGAUAGGACCAAAUAUUAUGCUUUCUCGUAUUGCCACACAAUACGCCAAGCCCAAUGGAGUGUAUUCUAUUUUACCUCAAGAUGUACCAGAGCUCGUUGGACACAUGCCAUUUGUCGAGAUUCAUGGGGUUGGGAGCUGUACUAUGACGAAGCUGCGUCCAUUGUUGAGGCCGUACUUGAAGGAUGCGGACAUCAGCGAUGACGAUAUCCUUUGUUGCCAUGUUCAAAAGCUAUCCAAGCAACAGCUUCAACGGGCUUUGGGUCAGAAAUCCGGAGAAAAUUUCUUUCACCUAUGCCGGGGGCAUGACACACGUCAAGUAAGCCGAACCGGUGACGAGGAAAAUCAGCGUAUGUUGGGAAAAAAGACGCCCACGAGCGUCAGUUGUUCCAUGAACUAUGCGGUAAGGCCUCUCACGUUGGAUGAUGUAUGGGGGAUUCUGAGAGAAUUACUAGAGGUUGUGUGCGGCAAAAUGGAUCGAGGAGGCUACACCAGCUCUGGAUUGCGCGUCACUCUUUUGGAACGGCAUCCAUUGCAUCCAAAGGAAACUCAAAAGUUUAUGGGGAGAGGAAGAUGUGUUGAGUUUCACGUUCCCAUUAAUUUCGAGAAACCUCUGCGAAGCUCUGAACUGGAAUUGAUGCUGUCACAAGUGAAGGAUGUCGUUACACCACUGUUUGUCCUUGAUCGCCAAAUGAGCGAUGAGGAGAGGGCGCGUGAACUUGGUUUGGAGGACGAUGCAGAAUCGAGGGUUAUUUGGACUGUGAGUCUCAAAACGGUAAAGGAUAUUGUGAUAUCUGACAUUCGUGGGAUGACGGUGCAGGCCACUGGCCUUCAUGCUCAGGGAGGUGCGGUGACCGAAUGGAAAAGCACAAGUGGCGGGCAGCUCUCUCUUUUUAAUGCUUUUUCGCGAGGCAAUAAAAGGAAACGGCAGUCGUCAGAGGUAAUAUUGAGCCCCCCCACUGGCAUUGCCCAAGUGAUGGAGAACGCGUUUGAGCCGUCUGUGGUUGAAGAUUUGAUGGGUCUUGAUGUUGACGAGACAUUUAUUGAAGAUUGGAAAAAAGCCGUAACGGAGGCCAGUCAACGCGCUGAUUACACGGUAAUGAAAGCCCUCCUUCGUGUUGCUGCUUUUCAAUGCACCGCACGCUCAGGGUCGUGUGAUUUAGCACAGACAAUUUUUAAGGAUCUCGUGGCUUACGCCAAUGCACUGCUACCUGUCCCUGUUGCAUUCACUUAA